AUGGAGUCCAACGUCGCCAUCACUACUUCUUUCUCUCGGUCCUGGCGUGGGGAUAUCUGUGCCACCAACGGCACGCUCACCAUCUCCGACACCUUCACCAUCAAGGGCACCUACUGCACUCCCAAGGGCACCACCGCCGAUAAACCACCCAAGGGCCUCCAGAUCCUCGUCCACGGCAUCACCUACAACAAAACCAUGUGGGCCGGCUUCGGCUUCUCGCCCUCCAACUACAGCUGGCACACGGCCGCGACCUCACGCGGCUACGCCACGCUAGCCCUCGACCGCCUCGGCCACGGCGCCAACCCGCAACACCCGGACCCGCUCUCGGUCGUCCAACCCCAAGUCCAAAUCGACAUCAUGCACGCCAUCUUCGCCGCCGCGCGCUCCGCCACCGCCCCGCUCAACGCCGUCCUCGGCCGCGUCUACGACAAGGUCGUCUUCGUCGGCCACUCGUACGGCGCCUUCCUCGGCGCCGCCCUGGGCGCCCAGUACCCGGCCGACGCGGACGCGCUCGUGCUCGCCGGGUACAGCAGCUACUAUGACUUUUCGGAUAUGAUCGGGGCGGACUGGGCCAGCGCGGCAGACCAUGACCCGGCGAGGUUCGGGGGCUUGGCCAAGGGGUAUAUUGUCAUGGCGGACGAGACGCAGCGGACCGAGACGUUUUACGUGGGCGGGUAUGAUGCGGCCAUUCCGCCGGUGGAUUAUGCGUAUGAGGAUACCUUGACUGUGGGGGAGAUUGGGGCGUUGGCGGCGAUCCUGGGGCCGGCGGUCGGGUAUACGGGCCCCGUGCUGGCGGUGACGUCGGUGGAGGAUGCCUUCUUCUGUGAGGCGCCCAAGGCGAAGUGCGAGGAGCAUUUGACGGCGACGGCCGACGCGUUCCCGGAUGCCGAGAGCUUUGACUACUUUGCCCCUGAGAACACGGGGCACGAUCUGACGCUGCAUUACACGGCGAGGGACACGGCUGAGCAGGUACAUGACUGGUUGGAUGAGAAAUUGUGA